AACUGAGACACAAAAUGAGCUCCCUUUUCGGCCAAGCUUCCCUCUUCCUCCUCCUCUCUACUUUUCUAUCCUUCUUCAACGCUGAGGCAAAGAUUCAUCAUCUCAAAUGGGAGAUCAAAUAUGAGUAUAAAUCGCCGGACUGCUUCCGGAAACUCGCCAUUACGAUCAACGGCCUCACGCCGGGGCCGAUGAUCACCGCGACGCAGGGAGAUACUCUCGUCGUCGAUGUAACGAACACUCUCCUCACAGAGAACGCCGCCAUUCAUUGGCACGGGAUUCGUCAGAUUGGAACGCCAUGGAGUGAUGGCACAGAAGGCGUGACUCAGUGCCCGAUUAUGCCUGGAGAUACCUUCACCUACAGAUUUGUCGUCGACAGAGCCGGAACAUACAUGUACCAUGCGCAUUAUGGGAUGCAAAGAUCAGCCGGAUUACAUGGAUUAAUCCGAGUUUUAGUUCCUCCAGGAACCGUGGAGCCAUUCAAAUAUGAUGAUGAGCUCCAUCUUGUUCUUAACGAUUGGUGGCAUAAGAGCACGUAUGAGCAGACCGCUGGGCUCUCUUCUCCCAACUUUGAAUGGGUUGGAGAGCCGCAGUCUUUAUUGAUAAAUGGGAGGGGGAAAUUCAACUGCUCCUUGGCCGGCGGUGGGGAUUCAUGUAAUUUGGCAAAUUCUGAAUGUUCGCCGGCGAGCUUGACGGUGGUUCAGGGAAGAACUUAUCGCUUGAGGAUUGCCAGCGUUGCUUCGCUUUCUGCAUUUAAUUUAGAAAUUGAGGCACAUAAUAUGACCAUCGUUGAAGUGGACGGUUAUUAUGUGAAGCCGGUCGUCGUGAAGAAUCUGAAUAUUUAUUCCGGCGAGACUUACUCAGUCAUAUUGAAAGCUGAUGAAGACAAAUCCAGAAACUAUUGGGUGGCGCUCAAUGUGGUCAGUCGAAAACCUAACACCCCAACUGGUACUGCCAUUCUGAACUACUACCCCAACCAUCCCCUUAAGCCGCCGCCGACAGCCACCCCCAUAGGCCCACCUUGGAACGACACCUUGUAUAGAUUCAACCAAAGCAAGUCCAUUGUCUCCCACCCCAACUUUAUCGAGGCACCACCACCCACAUCCAACCGCCUCAUCAUCCUCCUCAACACAUUUUUGACAAGUCCAUUGUCUCCCACCCCAACUUUAUCGAGGCACCACCACCCACAUCCAACCGCCUGGGCACUCAACAACAUCUCCUUCACGCUGCCGACCACCCCUUAUUUGAUAGCCAUGAAGAGUCAGAUGCAACAUGUCUUUAGCCAAAAACCAGCUCCAGAGACUUACGACUAUAAGAACUAUAACAUCCAUGUUGUUUCAAGCAACCCUAACACAGUUUCCAGCAAUUCAGUCUAUAGAUUGGAGUUUGGUUCCACGGUGGACGUCAUCCUGCAGAAUGCGAAUACGUUGAGUGCUAACAACAGUGAGACUCAUCCAUGGCAUCUACAUGGGCAUGAUUUCUGGGUUUUAGGGUAUGGAAUGGGUAAAUUUGAUCCAGAGGUGGAUUCAAAGAAGUAUAACUUGUUUGACCCGAUUCAGAGGAAUACUGUACCAUUGCACCCUUAUGGGUGGACUGCGCUGAGGUUUAGGGCUGAUAACCCUGGGGUUUGGGCUUUUCAUUGUCAUAUUGAAGCUCACUUCUUCAUGGGAAUGGGGGUUGUUUUUGAGGAAGGGGUGGAGAAGGUAGGCGAGCUCCCUAGUUCUAUUAUGGGAUGUGGAGAGUCCAAGCAUCUGAGAAGGCGAGCUUAAAAUGGGCGUUGGGGUUAGGCCUUUCUUUUCAGCGCCACGCAUCGUUGUUCUUAUUAUUUUUUGUGAUGACAUAAUUAUAAGUAUAUUUUGCAAGUGAAAUAUACAUGGUGAUUUGACAAAU